GCAGGGUUCUCUUAUUUAUCUUCUUCUGGGUUCGCAUUCAUGGCUGACAUCAGGAGGUACAUCUCACCAGAUGAGCUCGGAAAACAUAACAAACGGGGAGAUCUGUGGAUCUCGAUACAAGGGAAGGUUUACGACGUCUCGGAUUGGGGUAAAGAUCACCCGGGCGGUGAACAUCCGCUUUUAAAUCUCGCUGGUCAGGAUGUUACCGAUGCCUUCGUUGCUUAUCAUCCUGGCUCUGCUUGGCAAUAUCUAGAUCGGUUCUUUGUUGGUCACUUGAAAGAUUAUCAGGUUUCUGAGGUCUCCAAGGAUUACAGAAGACUUGUUUCGGAGUUCUCUAAACUGGGUUUGUUCGACAGAAAAGGGCAUAUCACCUUAUUUACGCUUUGUGUUAUGGCUGUGUUGUUCUUCGUCAGUGUUUGUGGUGUCUUAUUGUCUAAGAAUGUCUGGGUUCACCUGAUUUGUGGUGGGCUGAUGGGGUUUCUCUGGAUUCAGAGCGGAUGGAUCGGGCACGAUUCUGGGCAUUACCAGGUCAUGGCGAGGCCUGGUAUCAACCGGUUUGUGCAGAUCCUUGCAGGAAAUUGCCUUACAGGUAUCAGCAUUGCCUGGUGGAAGUGGAACCAUAAUGCCCAUCACAUUGCCUGCAACAGUCUGGAUUUUGAUCCCGAUCUUCAGCACAUUCCCCUCUUUUGUGUAUCUUCGACCUUCUUUUACUCGCUCACUUCGUGCUUCUAUGAGAGGAAGCUGACUUUUGAUUCUGUCGCUAGAUUUCUGGUGAGUUACCAGCAUUUGACUUUCUACCCUGUUAUGUGCUUUGCUCGGAUUAAUCUAUUUGCCCAGUCGAUAUCGUUGUUAAUCUCUAAGCGGAGGGUUCCUAAAAGAGGUCAGGAGAUUGCCGGGGUCCUGGUUUUCUGGAUUUGGUUUCCUCUACUUGUUUCCUGCCUUCCCAAUUGGGGGGAGAGGGUGAUGUUCGUGAUUGCAAGCUUCUCCGUUACUGGAAUUCAACAUGUUCAGUUUUGCUUGAACCAUUUUUCAGCAGACGUCUACUUGGGCCCUCCUUGUGGGAAUGACUGGUUUGAGAAUCAGACGAAGGGCACGCUCAAUAUCUCAUGUUCAUCAUGGAUGGAUUGGUUUCAUGGAGGAUUGCAGUUUCAGGUUGAGCACCAUUUGUUCCCCCGCUUACCUCGGUGUCAUCUCAGGAAGAUUUCACCCUUUGUGAAAGAUCUUUGCAAGAAGCACAAUCUGCCUUACAAUAUUGCUUCAUUCUGGGAAGCUAAUGAGAUGACCAUUGGGACUCUUAGGACUGCUGCACUUCAGGCUCGGGACCUCACAAGCCCUGUUCCGAAGAAUUUGGUCUGGGAAGCAGUUAACACUCAUGGUUGAGGUUUUGCAAUUCUUAACUGGGCUCAACUGUUGCUGUCAUUUGACACAAGUGACGUUAUGUGCCUACUUUUUUUUUGUCUUGAUAGUUGUCUUCUGAUGGUCAUCCAACAGUGUCUAUGGAUGGAGGACCCUAGCUUAGUCAUUGCUUGCAGUCAUCAAUCAUUUGUUCUUUGAUCCUGGUAUUCAUAGAUUUUGAUCUUGCGGCUUCUAGAUUGAGGUUACAAUGUCGAUACAUUUGUUUGCAGACUUGUUUAGUUUCCUUUCAAGUCUAUAUCUGUGAUUGGAUAUAAAGAAUGUUAUUAUUGUGUUUGAGUAUCACAAGUGCUCUUCCAUUAGUUUAGCAUGCUUAUUUGGAUUGUGGAAUUAUCUAUGUAUGUUUGGCCUAGGUUGGGAAUUACUCUCUGUUCAGUUUAAUUGAUGUUACAUUUUAAAUU